AUGUCGACACUUCAAGCAAAACAAGCUCUUCUGGAUAUAAUAUCCAAUUAUUCAGGAGAACAUUCAAGUAAGCUUUUGAAUUAUACUCAAUCGUUAUACCAAUUAAGUCUACGAAAACAAUCUGUCUUACCUAAUCGAUCAGAAAUCGCAAGAUUCCACCUCUGUGCAUUUGUGGUGGCUGAAAAAUACCACGAUAGUUUUAAUUUACCAGUCCCAGAUGCAUCCAGAAUCCCUGUGAAUCCUAAAAUAGCAUCCAAACUAUUAAAUGAUUUUAGAGAAUUCAUCAACCAAGUUUCAGCUGCCAGUACACCUGUUUCAAGUCCCAAAAAAAUGAAACUACUGAAUACAACGAGUCCAAUAACACCAACCAGGGCUCAAUCUACAAGACCAUCUUCAUCAAUUGGAUCACCUUUGAAAAGACUUCAAAGUGAAAUGGAUUCAAAUACCGAAUUAUCUACAGGUGAUGAAGAUGAACGUGUCGUAGAUCCUAACAAUCCAUUUCAAACUAUACCGAAACCAAAAGCAAAAGCUAAAUCAAGGGAUGCAAGUUCCGACCCUGAAAAGCCAGCGAAGAAAAGAACCAAAGUAUACAAAUAUGACAAAAAGCAUGUGCUGAUAUCAGAUUUCAUAGCUUUUUGUAAUACUUUCCACAUUCCAGCAAAAAUUACUACAAAAAUGGUGGGUACAUUUUUAGUCCAUCAACACAAGUUUCAAAAAAAAAGUGAAUGGUCAUUAGCAUGUGGAAUGAUACAUGCUGCUUAUAUUAGGAUCAAUCAUAAAUUACUUUCACAACAAGUUGGAGCUAAAUCACAGUUUAUGGAUUUAUUAUUACAGUAUCAAAAGGGUGGAUUGCUGAAAUGGGCUGUGCAAUCUUGGUGUGGAAUCAUUGAAGAUUGGAUUCAAGACGAAGCAUGGUUACAGGAUAUAGAGAGACAUUACAUGUAUGGAAGUGAAACAGUUGAUGAGAUGAAACUUACGUUAGAAAGAAAAGCAAAAAUAGGUGAAGGAUGGGAUUUGAUGGAACAAUUUGGUGCAAUGAUACACGGGGAACAUCUUUCACAAUUAGAAACUCAAAAUAAGUAUUAUGAGAUAUGGUCUAAAGCUGUGUUGGAGAAAUGUAUAGAGAAGCAGAUCUAG